AUGCCUCGCCCUGGUGUCGGAGUAUUCGGCAAACACGCCGCCCCUACCCUGGAGAUCAAGCCGGAGUCGCCCUUUGUUGUCUUCUAUGGAGAAUCGUCAGAGUCGCACGAAGCGGAGCUGAAGGGCAAGUUGGUUCUGAACAACCCAGAGUCCAUGUCAGUGAAGAACCUGCGCAUCACACUCACAGGCACCCGCAAAGUCUCAUGGCAUGUCACAAAUACGGUGAACCCGCAACCCAUUACCCAAAAGUCAAACUUCCUUGUCGACGAGCUGCACUUGUUCCCCGUCGAUGUCGGCACCAAGACGAAAGCGCACAAGCUGAAUGCUGGUUACCAUGAGUGGGACUUCAAGUUCAAGAUGCCCCCGAACAUCGACCAAAGCAUCGAGGGACUACCGACGAACUGGGUGGUUUAUAGUCUUAAGGCGUCAGUGGACAGAGGCUACAUGAGCAAGCAGCUCACUGCUAGCACGCACAUCCGCGUAAUUCGCACACUCGGCCGCGACAUGCUUGAAUCCAUGCCCAUGGAGCAGAUCAACGAGGAUAUCUGGGCGAAUAAGCUCGCAUACAAGAUUACCGUUCCCCAGAAGAACUAUAUCGUGGGCACCAGCAUCACAGCAGACUUCGUCUUGAUUCCGCUGCGCAAGGGCGUUGUCAUAUCGACCAUCAAAAUGGAGCUGUUAGAGUCGCGCCAACUCUUCGCAGACUAUGCCGGACGGCGUAUUAGCCAUCAGCAGGAGAUGCAAGUCGCGGUGACCGAAGGCGAAAUGCCCGAGAACUCUGCGCAAACAGUUCCCGAAGGAACCGAAGAUCCGGAUGCUCUGUUUGACGAAUCCCACCGUUUUUCCAUGACGCUGCAUCUCCCAAAGUCGCUCAAGAGCUGUCGGCAAUCGGUGGAUACUGAGAACAUCCGGUUAUCGCACAAGUUGCGGUUAUACGUCAAUCUCAAGAAUCCGGAAGGUCACACGAGUCAGUUGCUGGUGAAGAACCACGUGCACCUGUUCAUCUCGCCAAACUUGCCUCCGAACGAGGACCAGAGUGUGGUGGUCGAUCAGAACAUCCUAAACCAGCAAGCGAUCCAGGACGAGGUCAACCAGAAUGCGCCUCCUACGUAUGGGCUGCAUCAACUAGACUCGCUUUACAACGACAUUGAUCCUUCUGGUUUCAUGACGCCAAGUGGUCAGUACAGCAUGAUGAACAGCGGCGCCAACACACCCUUCUACGCUCAGAGUAGACGCGGCUCAGCCGAGAAUCUCACAUCCCUGGAUGCGGCGGUGCAUCAGCCCGGUGGCGGUGCAUCAGCAUUGGCACUCCAGCACCGUCUUGCGAAUCUUAGCAUGAACCACGACGACCGAUCCACACGCAUCCAGCCAUCAAGACACUCAUCGGGUGAUAGUACACCCGCCAACAACGCCGAACCAGCCUACUUUGACCUGCCCACGUCAAAUUACGACAUGGACGCUCUAGCGCGAACACCCAGCUACAACACAGCUGUGCGCACGCCCAUUGGCUCAAGGACUCCUGGUGGCGUCGACAUGAUGCUUCCCAGCUACGAAAUCGCAACGUCAAGACCCAGCUCUCCAAACCGCAGUAGAGGCAGCAGAGGAACGACUCCUAGUCCGGCUCGCAGUCUGGACACGUUGAACGAGGAAACGUAUCGCAAUACGCAGAUGAAUAGUAGGAGGCAAAGCCCCAGAACUAGUGAUGAUGGAAGGUAA